AUCUCUUUCGAAGUGAUCAUCGCUAGUCGAACGCAUAUAUUGGAAACAGCAAUCGGACGUUAGAGGUGCUGAGCGAAAGAACCGUAUCUUCCUUCAGAAAUGCUCAGAUUUUCCUUGCUCAGGAGGUGAACAGUCUUCAGCAUAACUAUGGAAAUCAGGAUCGUGGUGAUACUGAUAGCUACUGUGACCAUGGUCAAGAGCAGUCAACCGAACAUAAAAAAGUCUACGCACAUGGCAUUCUACAAGUGGAUUUCGCCUCGGCCUGAGGAAAUCAUUAGAUUCGAGCCUUCCCCUGAUUUCCCUGCAGGCACUUUGGUCUCACCCGCGUUUCAGAGCGGCAGCCACAACAAAGAAGCUAGAACAGAUGAUAAUGAGUUCGUACCUCAAAGUCCGGAGGAAGCGGAACGCUAUCAAAUGUACCAAACCUUUGUACGUCAAAUGAGAAACAGAAAAGCGCGUGCGUCCCGCCGACGCUGCACUAAUCCUCCCUGUCGACGUGGGACCAGCCGUCUGCUCAAGAACCUUAGCGCCAAACUUCCAAAUGUCAUCAAGUUAGAAGACGAACCGAAAGAAAAAGAGAUUAACUUGUUAGAUCUUCUCCAGGAGAACGAAGCCCCCUCAUCCGUUCUUAUGGGCAGAGACAGAGUAAGGCGAAACUUCUGUCUCACCAAAGCGUUCACUCAAACCAUUCAAGUUCGCGGUUGUCAUCCUAAGAAGAUCAUUAACAGCUUUUGUUAUGGCCAAUGUAACUCGUUUUUCAUUCCCACUCUAAGCGGCAGCACAAAUUCACCAGUGAAAACGUGUGAAUUUUGUAAGCCAUUAAAGACGCACAUGCUCAAGAUUAAUCUGGUGUGCCCUAGCAGGGCCGAGGGCAUGCACACGGUGCACGUUGAAAAGGUCUUGUCUUGCUUGUGCAACAGCGCGCCUCAGGAAGAGCCGAAUGGGGCAAUUGACGUAUAGAAAGCUGUUAGCUAUAGGUGAACAUCACGUAACGAUAAGCCUUCAGCGAUUGCGUUAGAAGUGAAAUAUUCGUGCACUCUAUCUAGUCUGUGAUAUACGAUGGCUCUAUCUUGUAGAAACUUAAUCUGCAAUCUUUUGCGAACUACGACGCUCUAGGAUAAUCAUUCUAAGCUACUGCUCGCAGCCUGUAAAUAGUCCUGUACAUAUGAACAAUGCCACAGAAUUUGUGCCGAGACGCUGCAACUGCGGUGGCGGAUAGACAUGCGGAUUAAGGUGCCAGUUAGCCUAGAGGCAAACGACAAAGUGUGUCAAUUUUUUUGUCAGAUAGACAAAAAGCGCAGUCUUGAAAUGAUACAUAAAU